AUGAACACAACGACGCCGCUGUGGCUCGACCGGGUGGCCGUCAACGUCCCCAACCACGUUUACGAGUUGCUAGAAGGGGUAGUAUCCCCCGAGAUCGUGGCGGAAGCAGCUAUCGUUGCCAUCGCCGCGGUUACGGUGGCAUUGGCGGUAUCGUUUACCACGGCCAAACCGAAGCGGGCGGCUCUUCCUGACCCCAAACUGCCCUUGUAUCACCCAUCAGAUAACGAUAAUUGCAAGUAUAUUAUCACUACGCGAGCGGCGGCUGAUUUUGGCGAUACUACCCUUAAAGGGUACCAGGUGGCGCUAGUACCGCUUGUCGCCGCCGUGACGCUUGCGGGGCUCUACUGGGUGAUGCAACAGACCCCCGAGCUGGUCAAUUGGUACUUGAAUUGGAUGUUUUGCCUCGGAUUGCCGAUGUGUGCCCAUGACACUAUCAGUCAGAUUUUGACGGUUUUUGACCGGUGGCGGUGGGUCCGGUUCCAGCGGUACGCCGUCGUGGUGGUCAAGGACGAUACGUUACCGGCAGGACCGAUGGACGGCGACUUGGACGCUGAAGAGGUCCACCAAACGUACCCUGAUUAUGUCACCGUAUGGCCGGCCCCCGCGCAAGUGGACGUGGCCAACCGGGUGGCUCACUACGUCACUGACGGUAAAGGCAUAAUUGCCUUUCCCCUUGCCGUUGGCUUGACCUAUUUAUUUUGGUUGAAAAACCCUGGAUUACACCCUGACCUGGCGGCGGUGGCAAACUGGGUGGUAACAAAUGCGGCGCUGUUUGCCUAUACCGUUACGGGGAUCGCUCUGCUUCAACUUGCACGGUUCUCCCACGCCUGCCUUAUGCUUCUGGGUCUUUUUGUUUACGAUAUUUAUUUCGUAUUUGCUACGCCGAUGAUGGAAACGGUGGCGAGAGGGCUCGAUGUGCCUAUAAAGUUUAUUGUCCCUCGCGCUGACGGUGAGUUUAUGGACCAGAUGUUUCUGUUAAUUGGUACCGGAGACCUCGUUGUCCCCGGUGUUUUCUUACUGUUAUUGCUGAGGUUUGAUUACCACCAGUACUACUCAAAACGGCCCACGGUACCCUUCCACCACGCCCGACAGAUCCCUCGUCCCUAUUUCCGGGGGGGGAUGGUAUUUUAUACGCUAGGACUCGUGCUUACGAUGGUGGCAAUGCACACUUCCCAACGGGGUCAACCAGCUCUUUUAUACAUUGUCCCCUGUCUCCUCCUUGGGACUUUAGGGUUAGCCCAUUUCCGGGGGGAAGUCGGCGCCCUUUUCAGCUUUGACGAUGAAAUUGAGAUGAAACCACCCCUGAAUGAAAUUGCCGAUUCCGAUGCCAGCGACGACGACGACGAGUUUGAGCUCGAUUCCUACGACGAGUGGGUGGAGCGAGUGGAACAGAAGCGCGACGAGCUUAUCGCCGACACCGACGACGACGACCCCGUCGUGUACCAGUUCUUGCUGGACGACGAUGACGAUGACCAUACCUUUGUCAUCGGCGAUAACGACACCGACAACGAUUCCGGCGAUAACCUCGACAGUGACGGCGACGCUGAGCUUGGCGACGGCGACGGGCUUGCCGACGAGAUCAUUGCCAUCCGCCAAGAACUCGCCCGCCCGCCGCAGGAAUGGUACAGCGAUGACGAGUAA